AUGUUCCCGCGCCCGCUGAGCCCGCUGGCCGCCCCGCAAGGCGCCGAGCCUCCGGGCCGUGCGCUCCGAAGGGCUCCCCAAGGCCGGAGUCGGGGCCGGGCCCGGGCGGGCCUGGGGGGCGCGCCGCUGCUGCUGCCGUCCAUGCUGAUGUUCGCCGUGAUCGUGGCCUCCAGCGGGCUCCUGCUCAUGAUCGAGCGCGGCAUCCUGGCCGACCUGAAGCCCCUGCCCCUGCACCCCCCGAGCCGCGAGGCCCGCAGGCCGGGGGCCCCGAACGCGGAGGCCGCGGACGCCGCCUCGCAGGUGCGCCAGGACGUGCGCAACCGGACGCUCCGGGCUCUGUGCGCGCAGCCGGGCAUGCCCCGGGACCCCUGGGACCUGCCGGUGGGCCAGAGGCGCACCCUGCUGCGCCACAUCCUCGUGAGCGACCGGUACCGCUUCCUCUACUGCUACGUGCCCAAGGUGGCCUGCUCCAACUGGAAGCGCGUGCUCAAGGUGCUCGCCGGGGCCCUGGACCACCUGGACGCCCGCCUCAAGAUGGACCACCGGCGCGACCUGGUCUUCCUGGCCGACCUGCGGCCCGAGCAGAUCCGUCACCGCCUGCAGCACUACUUCAAGUUCCUCUUCGUGCGGGACCCCGUGGAGCGCCUGCUCUCGGCCUACCGGAACAAGUUCGGCGAGAUCCGCGAGUACCAGCGGCGCUACGGGGCCCAGAUCGUGCGCCGCUACCGCCUGGGUGCUGGGCCCAGCCCCGCCGGGGACGACGUCACCUUCCCCGAGUUCCUGCGUUACCUGGCCGACGAGGACCCCGAGCGCAUGGACGAGCACUGGAUGCCCGUGUACCACCUCUGCCAGCCCUGUGCCGUGCGCUACGACUUCGUGGGCUCCUACGAGAGGCUGGAGGACGAUGCCAACCAAGUGCUGGAGUGGGUGCGGGCGCCGGCCCACGUACGGUUCCCGGCACGCCAGGCCUGGUACCGGCCGGCCAGUCCUGAGAGUCUGCAUUACCACCUGUGCAGCACCCCGCGGGCCCUGCUGCAGGAUGUGCUGCCUAAAUACAUUCUGGACUUCUCCCUCUUCGCCUACCCUCUGCCCAAUGUCACCCGGGAGGCCUGUCGCCAGUGACCCUGGCACAGACCAGGCAGCAGCUAGCUAGCUGCGGGGGACUGGUGGUGGCAAUGCCAGCUUCUUGCUCUGUGACCAGUAUUUGGGGGACACCUUUGCUGUAGGGCUGGGGG